AUGGCCUCCCUCUCCCACCUCCUCUGCCUCCUUCUCCUCCUCGUGCCGCCUCUCGCCGCCGCCCAGCAGCAGAUGUCCUCUUUCUCCGCAAGCAACUCGCCCUGGAGCCCCACCGACAGCAAUCGCACCCUCGUCUCGAUCAAUCGCGACUUCGCCGCCGGGUUCGUGCCGUUGACCUCCGCUCCGGGCCGCUACCGCUUCGCCGUCUGGGUCGCCGGCUCCAACUCCACCGACAUCACCGUCAUAUGGUACGCCCAUGACCUCGGCAGCUACUCCCCCUGCGAGGGCGACGGCGCCUCCACGCUCGCCAUCGACGCCGCGGGCCGGCUCUCCUGGACUGCCGGCGGGAACAACAACGCUACUACCAUCUGGCUCGCUACCAAUACCUCCACCACCCCGGCGGUGCUGCAGCUCAACGUUACGGGGAGCCUGGUCUACGGCGCAGCGUGGUCGAGCUUCGCCGAGCCCACCAACACGCUCAUGCCGGGGCAGGCCAUGCCCAAGGAAGGCAACUUCACCACGCUCCAGUCCGCCAACGGCCGCUACAGGCUCGUCAACUCCGCCACGCUGCAGUUCAACUUAUCCAUGAUGUACGCCAACAUCAGCAGCAGCGGCAGCGCUCUGCUCAACCUCACCGCCGACGGCACGCUCCAGUUCAGCGGCUCGCAGCUCAUCGCCUCGGACCAAGGCACCACCAAACGGGUGCGGCGGCUCACGCUCGACGACGACGGCAACCUGCGCCUCUACAGCCUGGUGCCCAAGACCCGGACGUGGCUCGUGGUGUGGCAGGUCGUGCAGGAGCUCUGCACCAUCCGGGGCACCUGCGCCGGCGGCAGGAUCUGCGUCCCCGUCGGCGCCGACAGCACCAGCUGCGUCUGCCCGCCGGGCUACCGCAACGCCACCCUGACCGACGCCUGCACGCCCAAGAAAAACUACAGCGGCAGGGGCGACGACGACAAGUUCGUGCGGAUGGACUUCGUCUCCUUCUCCGGGGGCGCCAAGACCACGGCGUCGGACCAGGGCCCGCUGAUGACCAAGCUGACGCCUCAGAACCUGGCGGACUGCGAGAAACUCUGCCGGGGUAACUCCAGCUGCGUGGCGUUCGGGUACAAGUUCGGCGGCGACCGGACGUGCCUCCAGUUCACGGGGCUGGCGGACGGGUACUGGUCCCCGGCGACGGAGAUGUCGACGUACCUGCGUGUGGCGGCGUCGGACAACGACAGCAACCCGUACACGGGGAUGACGAGCAUGAUCCAGACGGUUUGCCCCGUGCGGCUGGCGCUGCCGGUGCCGCCGAAGCAGGCGCGGACGACGAUCCGGAACGUGUCCAUCAUCACGGCGCUGUUCGCGGUGGAGCUGCUGGCCGGGGUGCUGUCGUUCUGGGCGUUCCUGCGCAAGUACUCGCAGUACCGGGAGAUGGCGCGCACGCUGGGGCUGGAGUACCUGCCCGCGGGGGGGCCCCGGCGGUUCUCGUACGCGGAGCUGAAGCAGGCGACCAAGGACUUCUCCGACGUGGUGGGGCGCGGCGCGUACGGGACGGUGUACCGCGGCGAGCUGCCCGACCGGCGCGCCGUGGCGGUGAAGCAGCUGCACGGCGUGGGCGGCGGCGAGGCGGAGUUCUGGGCGGAGGUGACCAUCAUCGCGCGGAUGCACCACCUCAACCUGGUGCGCAUGUGGGGGUUCUGCGCCGACAAGGACCAGCGGAUGCUGGUGUACGAGUACGUGCCCAACGGGUCGCUGGACAAGUACCUGUUCGCCGGCGGUGGGGGUGGGGGUGGGGGUGGCGGUGGGAGCGGCGAGGAGGGUUCGUCCUCUGAACAACAGCAGCAGCAGCAGCCCCUGCUUGACCUCCACACCCGGUACCGCAUCGCCCUGGGCGUUGCCCGCGCAAUCGCCUACCUCCACGAGGAGUGCCUUGAGUGGGUUCUCCACUGCGACAUCAAGCCCGAGAACAUCCUGCUUGAGGACGACUUCUGCCCCAAGGUGUCCGACUUCGGCCUGUCCAAGCUGACGAGCAAGAAGGAGAAGGUGACCAUGUCCCGCAUCCGCGGCACCCGCGGGUACAUGGCCCCCGAGUGGGUGAUCCACCGCGAGCCCAUCACGGCCAAGGCCGACGUGUACAGCUUCGGCAUGGUGCUGCUGGAGAUCGUGUCCGGCCGCCGCAACUACGGGUUCCGGCAGGACUCGGUGGGCAGCGAGGACUGGUACUUCCCCAAGUGGGCGUACGAGAAGGUGUACGUGGAGCGGCGGAUCGACGACAUCAUGGACCCGCGCAUCGCCGCCUCCUACGACGACGCCGCCAGCGUCGCCACCGUGGAGCGCAUGGUCAAGACGGCCAUGUGGUGCCUGCAGGACCGCGCCGAGAUGCGCCCGUCCAUGGGGAAAGUGGCCAAGAUGCUGGAAGGGUCCGUCGAGAUCACGGAGCCCGUCAAGCCCACAAUCUUCUGCGUCCAGGACGACUGA